UACCACUUGUAUUUCGAUUUGAUUUGAAGAGAGAGAAAGAUUGUGCGUGUGUUUGUUUGCUUCUUUCGAGGCAAAGAAUCACCACCGCCCACAUUCUCCCAUCAAUGGACUUCUUAAUUCUAUCCUGUCAAUUUGUGGUCUACUUUUCUCAUAUUUCUAGCUUGCACACAAACUGUUUGUUGAAAUACCCCAAUGAAAGAAACGAAAGAGAAAGGAGCUUUGUAAGUGAAGAGGAACUAGAAGAAGAUUCUGCUGAAAAUAAGGUGAAAAAAGGGACCCACCUUUUCCCAUUUCUCCUUUCACCAAACAUUACCAGCAAUCUUCAUUUAAGUUUUCACUCUCCAACUUCAAAUCAACCUUCCAAGAAUUUUCUAUCUUUUUUUCUUUCAAAUUAUUGCAAUUUUUAAUUGGUUUGCAAAAGUUUGGUACACCUAAUUUAGCAACACAACUACUCAGAUCUGGGUUUUGUUUUGCUAUAUUUGUUAGAUUUUCUUCCUUCAUAAAGAUAUGUUUCUUGCUACAUUAAAACUCAUGCCUUUUUUUUUUUUUUUUGUUUUUAGAGUAGAUAAGGGUUCAUGAAUCUGGACCAAUUUUGAAUUGGGGUUGAAUUGAAAAAUCACAUUUAUUUGAUCUUCUCCCUUAUCUAACUUGAAUACUUGAUUAUCAGUUGAGCUUUUUAGGUAAAGGUGAUAGCUUUUUGAAGUUCAAGUUUAGCAAUUCUUUUGGGGUGUAUGAAUGUCCACCUUAAUCUGUUCUUUGUAGAGGAGUCUUUAAACAAACAAUUUAUUUUGAUUGGAUUAGAUUGUUGGGAGGGUGGCCCAAUUUCUGGGGUUUUGGUGGGACCCUCUAUCAAACCAAUAAAAACCCAUAUAUUAGAAGUGAGAGGUUUGAAGAUCCUCUUACCAUUAACCCAUUUUUAUAAUUUUUGUAAGAAAAGUGGGAGGAAGGUAUUGAGGAAGAAAGAUUAACACCUUUAAUCAUCAGAUUUCUUUGAUUAAUUCUUUGCUUAUGUAAUAGCAAUUGCUUUUGCCUCAAUUGGGUUCCUUGCUUUGUGUGUGAGCUUAUCUUUUAUUCCUUGAAUUAGAUUGAUUUAUUAUCCUAUCAUCAUUAUUAGUAAAUAAAAAAAAUCUCUCUAAAUGCUUUUCUUGCUGGUGACUGGUAUCUCCUUCAUCUUCUUCUAUAUAAGCUCCUUAUCUCUAAAACCACUUCCACCUUGGGCUACUGAUGUGAGGCUUUUACCACUCUGCUUCUGGAAAGAGUUGUCCUUCUCUCCCAUUUGUAAACCUCUUCAAAAAGGGGUUUUUGGUGUUUUUUGGGAUUUCUCAUUUCCCUCUAUUGUUAUGGCAAUGAAACAGGCCACUUUUAGCUCUAAAUUUGAGAAAAAGAUUCAAGAAAAUGAGCAAUUUUCAGUCUUGGAUUUGCCUGAACUUACAUUGGAUUGUAUUCUUGAGAAGCUUUCCCCUGCUGGGUUGUGUAGUAUGGCUGCUGUUUGUAGCUCAUUGAGAGAGAGAUGUAUCAGUGAUCAUCUUUGGGAUAGACACAUGAAGCAGAAAUGGGGGAAAGUUCUGGGUCCUGCAGCAUACCGCGAAUGGCAAUGGUUUAUUGCUUCAAGAAGAAAUUUGAGUGUUUCUGAAGGGAAAAAAUCACAAGGUUUUUUCAAAUUUGUUUGGUAUGUGUGGCCUUUGACAUGGUUUACAUCAAAAUUUGUCAAAAAUAAUAAAAAGGAUUCAACUUCACCUAUGGUUGAUACUGUUAUGUCCUGGUUUUUAGCUCUUGAAAGUGGCAAAUUCUGGUUUCCUGCUCAGGUUUACAACCGAGAGAAUGGUCAUGUUGGAUUUAUGUUGUCCUGCUAUGAUGCUGAGCUUAGCUAUGAUCCUCAAACUGACACCUUCCAAGCAAGGUACCCGCCUCAUGGGAGAAGGGCAGUGGCAAUAGAGAGUGGUAUUCAAUGGGAAAGGCUAAGAGUAGCACCAGUUGAUACUCCACCACACGAUCUUCAUGCAUCGGAUUGCUUAAAUGAUCUACACCCUGGAGAUCAUAUUGAGAUCCAAUGGAGACGGAAUAAAGAAUUCCCUUAUGGAUGGUGGUAUGGUGUUGUUGGCCACUCGGAGUCAUGUGAUGGGAAUGAGAAUUAUUGCCGAUGUCAUAGCAGUGACACCGUUGUCCUCGAGUUUAACCAGUAUACACCGGGAUCACGAUGGAGGAGGACAAUUGUCAACAGGAAGGAUCACAGAGAGGAAGGAAAUGAGGGCGAUGGAUUUUACGGAGGUAUUAGAAAACUUCACACGAGCAAUGAAAUUUCUACCUGGAAGAGUUUGUGGCCCGGUGAUAUUUUGGAAUAGAAGAACAAAUCUGGGAAAAUUGAUUGAUUGAAAUUGCUAACUAUAUCAGUAGUUGCUACGAUUUUUUUUUUUGGGUUGCUAUGUGAAAGCUGCGAAAACAUGCAGAAACAGGCUUAGCUGAUAGUCUGAUACAUCUCAUAUCAUCUUUUUUAGCCUUCAUUUUGAUUCCAACUAAAAUUUUUCAUGGAUGAAUUAUAGAUGAAUUAUAGGCAUUGUAAAAUUCAUUCCAUGCCACAUUGCAUCUGUAUGGAUGCGAAUUUGAUGUACAAGUUUUACUAUAUUUAGCGAAAAUACCAUAUUUAGUAAA